GAGAUCUUGAAGCGUGGAAGCUGAUUUGAAGUGAGCAAGAGACGCAGAGAGACCGCCUGAGCUGCACAGCAUCGAUCAUCUCCUCCAGCCCUUCCCCCGAGGUCGCUUGUCGUCUCCCUGCCCCUUCCAGAUGGCUGAUUCGACGGAGUUGGAGAAGAGCGAGACCCCCGCCACCGACACACAGCCUGUGGAGGACCCCUCGGGCGACGCAGCGGCCGACAUCGAGACGAACAAGGAGGUCGACCACCACGCUGACGAGGGCGAUGAGGGUGAUGCAGCCAACGCUGAGGUCAAUGACUCCACGACGGUCACUGGUGUGGGCACUGUCAUUGAUACGGCCACUGGCAAGAGGACGGAGCGCAUCCAGCUGUCGCUCGCGAGGCCGCUGGGCUUCUACGAGCGCACUGCGUACGAGCGGUUCGCUACGGGGACCGAGGUCAUCGUGGUGACGGCCCUGGGCAACGCCAUCUCGCUGGCCAUCCAGCUGGCCGACGUGCUGGAGGAGAAGCAGUACUGCAAGAAGAGCAAGGUCAUGACGUCGUUCGAGGGCGGCGAGCACCCCAGGGGCCCGCGGCACCCCACCGCCGGCAUCACCAUCCACCUCGAACGCAACCCCACCUUCAAGGGAAGCAAGAUCCCGCAAGGCAUGGUGGGCUUCCACAAGCCCGAGGGCGAGGCCAAGUUCACCCCCAUCUACGACGACAAACCCAUGCAGACCUUCGCUUCUGUCAAUGCAGGUAGGUGUGUGGUGGGUGUGCUGGGGAAUGGGCGAGCGGUGGGCUGAUGUCAUGUCUGUGUGUGUGUGUGUGUGUGUGUGUGUGUAUGGGCUGUGUGGCUGUGUGUCUGGGCAGGUGACUACGAGUUGUUCGUCGGUGGGAGUGCUUUGAACGCUGCCUUCAAGACGACUCUCGAGGCAGCGGAGCAGAACAUUGACCGAUAUGCACCUCUGCACAAGGUAGGUCGGGUCGGCACACACGCCACUCAUGCACACACACACACUCUCUCUCUCUCUCUGUGUGUGUGUGUGUGUGUGUGUGCGUGCCCCCAGUCGUUGGUUGAGAAGGCUUUGAAGGAGAACCCCAACGCCACCAAGGGCGAGGACAUCCGGCUGGUCGAGGCCGUCAACCUUUCAGAACACCACCCGUACGCAUCCAUCGCACACACACAGACACCGACGCAGGCACACCACACGUCGUCUGUCUGUCUGUCUGUCUUAUGUGUGUGUGUGUCAGUGACUUGCAUGCGUCCUUCUGCCGGAUCUGCUUCGACCUGAAGGACAAGGGUCCCGAGGGGUGCAAAGCCGUCGGCGCUGUCUUCCUUGACAUAUUCAGGGAAGACAAGAGGCCAAAAGGCGCCGUAAGUGACCUGACUGACACAUACACACACAAAUGCGAUGCGGGCAGCAAGACACACGGACGGACGAUGGGCGCUUGUGUGUUUGUGUGGGAUUUCGUUCAGAAGAAGAACAUCGGCAUGAUCUAUGUGGUCGGCCCGAAGGGCAAGGACUUCGGCUCCAAAGAAGAGUUCCUCGGAGCUGGUACGCCACACACACAUGACAUGAUGCUGGCCGCUACGCUACUCGUUUCCUUCCCUGCACACAUGCCUCUCCUUGGUCACCUGUCUGUCUGUCAGUGAGCAAGACGGCCAACAACCUGAUGACGGCACUGGUGGACUACAACGGCCUCGUCAAGCGGACACGGCGAGACAACAGGGACCUCGACAGACUUGAUGUCGCCAGGUGGGUGAGGUGACCAGCGGACACGCACCACAUAUAUAUACUCACACCCCACCCACCUUUGUGAAAGCGCGUCGUGUGUGUGUGUGUCGACAGGAUCGCUCUGUUCUCUGGAGGGGUGUACAAGCACGAGGACGCCACCAAGAUGGAGGUCGCUGAGAAGAUCAUCGAGGUCAGAGAAAGGAAAGGCAUCUACUCCGGGUGUCUGUCCAUCUGGGCCACAUGUGCUUUGACGUGACGCCACCUCUCGUUCUGUUCUGUGUAUGGUUGGUAUGUGUCACUCAGGGCAUCACGACUGGCUACCGGUAUCGGCUCGCGCCCAGGGUCACCUUCGCAUUCGAUGACAACGUCUUCCAAGAGGUACACACACACGCAUACAGACAGACAGACGAGAGGAAGCGCCCCGCAUAUCAGAUCAUGUGAAAACUUCCUUCCUUGUGGCAUUGCAGGCAUGGAAGCAGAUGACCGGCGCCCCCGACAAGCCCACCACCACCACCACCACGACCACUGACGAAGCCGCCGCCAAAGCCCCAGACGCACCACAGCCAGACAAGCAGGCAGACGAGGCCACCGCAGGCAAGCCAGAGGAGGCCGCAGCCGAGCCAGAGGCCCCCGAAGCCAGCCAAGACGACACCACGAAGGAGCAGCAACAGGACGACACAGCGGCUGAGAAGCCGACAGAGGAGUCCAAGGACGCACCUCACACCGACACCAACGGCAAGGACGAGACUGCCGCUGCUUCUGGCAAGGUGGACGAGGCGCAAGAGGCCGAGACGGAUGAAACGACUGGCAAGGAGGAGGCCAAAGAGGACGACAAGGAGGAGAGCAGUGGCAAGGAGGAGAUGAACGGCGUGGUGGGUGGGGCACCGACGGAGAACGGACAAGAGUGAUGGAUGGAUGUCAUGUCUGGCGUGCGAUGCGGUGUGGGGCGUGUGGUGUCUGUCUGUCUAUCUAUCUAUCUAUACUUCCUACCUACCGCUGCAUUGCAUACAUUGCAUUUGUCAAUUCAUAUGACGGAUGGCGGGCUCUCCAGGAGCCCAGCCCAGCCCCCCUUCUGUCUGUCUGUGUCAUGUCGCUUCUCGAGCCCCUACCUCUCUCUCCUCUACCUCUAUACGUGUGUGUACUUGUCUGUCUAUCUGUAUGGGUGUGCGUGUCGCAUAUGGCCUGCUUGGUGAACGGACGGGUGUAUGUGUAUGUGUGUGAUGGGUGUGGUGUAUGAGUGAGAGCCGGGAUGGUACUCCAAUGACCGGAGUAGACCGUGGCCCCGCUGCUCCAUCCUUGCCUGCCUGCCUGCCUGCCUGUCUUCGUGUUCUGCGAGAGUACGGCUACACACAUGCAUACCUACAUGGGUCCAUCAAUGUGUCUGCGUGUGCGUGUCCGUGUGUGUGGAUUUAAGCAUCAUAUGCCAUCCCAUUCACUCACUGACUCACUCACUGUGUACAGGUGCCACCCACCUGUGGUCGGGGGCAUCACGUCGAGUGGAGGCCCCCCCCGGCCGCCGUUGUCCAUCCAUGCCAUCCAUCCACACAUACACACACACCACUGCCUGCCUGCCUGACUGACUCACUGACUGACUGACUGACCGACUGACUGACUGACCGACCGACUGUUUGGCUGAUCCUAGUCGAAUGAAUGGCUGCCUAUUUCUCUCUCGUCUGUCCAACCUGCCUGCCUGCUUGCUUGUUUUGCUUGAUUGGCCCGGUCUCGUUUUGUCCGGAGGGCGGGGCGGGAUGGCUGGGGGCAAACCGGCACUCGUGAGGUCGUGCGAUGACUGGUGCCUCGCGUCCCUUUUCGUGCCUGCGCUUUCAAAGGGGCACUUGCCAUGCCGUCCACCAAGCCUUACCUCCCUCCCUCUCUCCCCGCCUGUCUCUCUCAGCUAGGCCGUCAUCUCUCCCUUAUCUACCUUUCUCUGCCUCCCUCCCUCCCUCCCUCCCCUGUUAUGUACAGCACUGACGUUGCACCAGUGCAUUUUCCUAUUGGCCGACCAUACCAUAGACAAAGGAUGGAUAUGUGCUCAAAUGUGCAAUGGGGGCGAGCGGGGCUGUCUUGUCUGGUGUGAGUGAGUGGUUGAUUUUUCGUGGAACGGUUUCAAUGUUGCAUGGUAUGGCGUGUGGGGCGGGCGUGUCUUGAGGAGCGGAUUUUUGCAAGAAUCGGUCGGUCGGUCGCUUGGUUGGUGCGGGUGUGGUGUGGUGUGCGGUCGUUGCUAGCUAGCUACGGCGAUAGAAGGUUUUUGCUUGGGGCUCACCCCUGCCUUCUCGCCUCCCUCGGUCCACCUUACUUACUCUGUCCGUCCCAUCAGCUGCGUGCCUGUCGCUUCCUUCCUCCCUUGCCACCCCAGGGGUGUCUCUUUCUUUCUCUACUUCUCCUGGUAUCUCUUCGGUGGGUGCACCACUCCCCGACUGAGACUGAGUGCUCUGUCUCAGUUCCCCGACUGAGACUGGGUGCUCUCUCUCCGCCUGGAAGUAGUGGAGGGAACGGUUGAGAUACCAGGAGAGGAAGAGGCCAAUCGAUGGGAGCCCGUCCGGAUUGUUGCUGAAAAGUGGAUCUCUAUGUCUACCGGGGUCGGUCGGUCCUUCGUGGCUGUCCAGCAGCUUAGACAACCUUUUCUCCCUUCCCACAUCAUGUGGGAGCUAAGGUAUCGAAGCCUGCAGGAGUGGCACGAACAGAACAGACAGUGACGUGUUUUGACUGACACUGACGAUCGCUACAUGGGUGGCUGGCUCCAUUCGACACGUUUGGCUGUGACAAUCAUCCCUGCUGAGUUUUAAUGCUUCCCGUGUUCAACCCGGUGUCUCGGCAAUGGAAGAGAUCGGCGGCAAAGAGAUCGCUAUCCGAGCUUGGCCUCUCAGUGUGCACAGCACAAUGAGCACAUCUUGCAAAGGCGUUUCUGCCCUUGGCCGCGACAGCGGCAUGGCGUCUCGGCUGUUUGG